CUUCCGGUGGAGGGGCGCUGUGGCGGGGCUUGCUGGGAUCAUGGCGGAGAACCACUGCGAGCUGGUGCCGCCGGCCCCGGGCGGCCUCGGGGCGGGGCUGGGGGGCGGCCUAUGCCGCCGCUGCAGCGCGGGGCUCGGCGCCCUGGCCCAGCGGCCCGGCAGCGUGUCCAAGUGGGUCCGGCUCAACGUCGGGGGCACCUACUUCCUCACCACCCGGCAGACGCUGUGCCGGGACCCGAAAUCCUUCCUGUACCGUUUGUGCCAGGCCGACCCCGACCUGGACUCGGACAAGGAUGAAACAGGUGCCUAUUUAAUCGACAGAGACCCCACCUACUUUGGGCCUGUGCUGAACUACCUGAGACAUGGAAAGCUGGUCAUUAACAAAGACCUCGCGGAGGAAGGAGUGUUGGAAGAAGCAGAAUUUUACAAUAUCACCUCACUAAUAAAACUUGUAAAGGACAAAAUUAGAGAACGAGACAGCAGAACCUCACAGGUGCCGGUGAAGCACGUGUACCGUGUGCUUCAGUGUCAGGAAGAGGAACUCACACAGAUGGUGUCCACCAUGUCUGAUGGCUGGAAGUUUGAGCAGCUGGUCAGCAUUGGCUCUUCCUACAACUAUGGGAGUGAAGACCAGGCUGAGUUCCUCUGUGUGGUUUCCAAGGAGCUGCACAACUCUCCGUACGGCACGACCAGUGAGCCCAGUGAGAAAGCCAAGAGUGACGACGAGGAGACGGGUCACGAUGAAAAUGACUCAGAUUAAAUGUAAAUGUCAUGAUUUUGCAAGAACGGGGUUCCAGGAUGUGAGGAACACAGUGUUGAUAGCUGAAGGAAGAACCAUUUUACCUUUUCCCAGGAUGCAAUGAACCGCCAUGUCGAGGAAGCUUGACCGUGAGAAGAAGCCUGCUUUUGACAAUUUCUCUAGAGAUCUGGUUGUGGAUCCUUUUUUGCCUCUGAGGUGGGUGGUGAGAGACGGGACCAGCUGUCUGAGGCUGGGUGUCCCCGCUCGAAGGAAACAUGCUGGCCGGGUGGGCGUCCCCUUGGGGCCUCCGCUCGGUUUUUCCAAGUGCCACAUGGGCCUGAGGCAGGACGCUCCCAAGCACUCCUUUAAUCACCGAAGACCAUUUCAAGGACAGCGUUCUUGGUGCUACAGAAACAGUCUGUAAUGGAGCCUGGGCCUCACUGGUGGGAAGUGGCUGCAGUGCUGAGGCCCUGGGCUCUGGGUGCCGCUGGCACUCACGUGCGCACCAGGCCCUGGUCCUUGGUUCGGGGAGUCUGCCUCGCCUCCUGGGCGUGAUCGAUCGGCAGUUUCUCGAAGCCUCAGUGAGUGGCCUCCAUGUGUUCACUACUGCCCGGGCCUCUGCCCCGAGGCUGGGCCUCCUUCGGAGCCAGGCUUCCCCGCCGGGAACAGUCAAGGCUCCUCCAGAUGUAUUUUCCAGGCGAGAGACCUUGCACCCCUUCUUUCCCAGUGUGGAUAGGCUACCCAAUGUUUUUACUUUUUAGAAAUGCCUAGAAGUGUGGCUGCAUUUUGGAUUGAUAUGUUAAGUGUUUAAAAGGAGGUAGAAGCUUUGCCUCAUCUGCCCCACCCACGGGCUCGUGGGGGAGCUGGUGCCCUCAGUGCCUUUGUCUCGCCUGGGAUGGCGGUCGGGGCAGGAGGCCUGUCCACCUGGCUUCUGGAGCUUAGACUCCAGUCACACUGAAAACCGCAUGUUUACAGGGCAUCACAAAUCUCUCCUGCCGGCCCCCUCGUUUCUUUGUAUAACUAUGCAGUUCUCUCUCAUAUUGCUGGGAUGUCUGAGACUUCACAUGCCACCUGCACAGGCUCUGCCCGACUGACAUGCCAUUGCAGCCACUAGGAGUCCUUCCAACCUACUGUCCCCGUGCUCUGAGGACAGACCUUUCUCAGCUGGCCGUGGGCACUGUCAGGAUCUGGGGCCUGGCUCAUAUGAGCAGCUCACUGCCUCCUGACCACCGGGGAUGCCCACACGUCGGGCAGAAGCUCUGACACGGCUAGUCACAGAUGCUUCCAGAGGCUUCCCACCUGUGCCCUCUUCUUUGCCAACACCCUGAUUAACCAAGUUCUCCAGCGCCCAGGACUUACCUCCUCCUUUUUGUAAGAUCUGUUGUAUGUUGGUAAAUGUUUGGCUUCAUCCGUUUCUCUCAACCUCUCCAUCGGGCACACUUAGCCCCUGUGACCCGUACUCCCUGGGUGGAGGGUGCCCCUUGCUGGCCUCGGGUGUCCCUGUGGGGUGCUGUCGGCCCCUUAGAGUCGUUUGAUUUGUGACCUUGACAUAAUAGAUAGGCUUGUGGUUUUUUUAAUUUAAAGAUAUUAAGACUUAAUUCACUAAAAUUUAUUCUGAGGGGAUAUUUAUACUUUUGUACUUUUUUAGGUAUCCGUAUUUUAUCAGCUUACAGUUUAAUGCCUAAGUUUCCCUGAAAAUAGCAAAUAAAGUUGUGUAUUUAUGAAUGAGCAGAA